CAUCGUGUUUCGGUGUCUGUGGCACGUUUAGCUGUUUGCUGCCCGUUUGCACCUGCCGGCCACUGUAUGAAGCUAAACUCAGGAGGAGAAAAUCAGUGGAGUUUAAAAAAAAUCUCUCUUGUACUUCAUUGACCUCUUAUUUUUGCAGCAAAUCAUUUGAAAAAAUGUUCUCGUUGUAAUUUUGUGUUUGUGUUUUGUAAAUUUUGUCCCCGGCAGAGUUGAUUUGUUGGUCUGAAGGUCAAAAGUUUAAAAACCACAACACUCAGAGGUUGGGCACCCUGAAUACUCUGACAUUAGACUCGCCUCUGUGCGGCGGCGGCUGGUGGGGAUACUGGUAUGUCCUCUGAAGCGAUGUAAACACAAACGUGUGUGUGUGUCUGUUUGUGUGUUGGCGGACUCUCAUGAAAAGCAAGAUGGCGGUGGAGCGCACAGCCGGCUCGGCUCGAUGACUGACGGACAGACAGAGGAGGCAGCCGCUCUCAUAGUGGGACUAACGGAUAGACUCGGAGGGAAACCAGAAUAAAACCACCAGUCCUCCUGGCGACCAGCACACCUCCAUCCCACGGCAAUGCAGCUGCACCGACGACCCACCGAGUGAAGUUCUGCGUGAGGACCGAUUUAACGUUCAUAAGCGGAGGGCAGUUGGUGGGGAUGGGAAAUGAUGGAGGACAAAGGCCCCCGUGUAGCCGACUACUUUGUGGUUGCCGGUCUGACGGAUCCGUCCAAGCCAUUGGACCAGGAGAUCCAUUUUGAUGAUGUGUGCCACAAAACGGCCAAGCCAAAAGCGCCCAUCACUGAUGUAGCAGUGGUAAUCCGGUCACUUGGUGAAGAGGUACCUCCGGGGUUCACGUGCAUAGAGACCACGGCGACCGGACACUCAGCUGAUCUGAACAAUGGAGGCCUCAUGGCGCCUCAAAUCUUCCUGUGCUACAGGCGAGGCCGGGACAAACCACCGCUCACUGAUCUGGGGGUCCUGUAUGAGUGGAAAGAGCGGCUAAAACAGGGCUGUCACCUCAUCCAGACCACGCCCGCUGGUCGGCCCGCCAACAUCAGCGGUAACUCCUCCCAGCGAAUCUACGUCACCUAUCGCCGAGCGCCUGACAGCCAGCUGCAUGCCUCCCUGGCUGUCACCGACAUCUGCAUCAUCAUCCCGAGCAAGGGGGAGACGCCCCCACACACCUUCUGCAAGGUGGAGAAGAAUCUCAACAGCAGCAUGUGGGGCUCCUCUGUUUACCUGUGUUACAAGAAGUCUGUGGCCAAAACCAACGUAAUCGCCUACAAAGCAGGUUUGUUCAGCAGAUAUCCAGAGGAGGACUACGAGUCAUUCCCUCUGCCGGAGUCAGUCCCUCUCUUCUGCCUUCCCAUGGGGGCCACAAUCGAGUGCUGGCCAGCAAACACAAAGUACGCCCUUCCUGUUUUUUCCACCUUUGUCCUCACCGGAGCCUCCGGAGAUAAGGUCUAUGGUGCUGCCAUCCAGUUUUAUGAGCAGUACCCACAGGAGUGCCUGACUGAUCAGCAGCUCACCCAGUUGGGUCUCCUGAGCCCAGAACAAUGCAAAUCCUCUCCAUCCAACUCUGCAGCUGAUGCCACCAACAAUACUGCAAACGGCUCCACUAACGCCAGCUCAGUCUACACCAACAAGUGCAUCUGCCUUCUCUCCCACUGGCCCUUCUUUGAUGCUUUCCGCAAGUUCCUGACAUUCCUGUACCGCUACUCCAUCUCAGGCCCGCACGCGCUUCCCAUCGAGAAGCACAUCUCUCACUUUAUGCACAAAGUUCCUUUCCCGUCCUCCCAGAGGCCUCGCAUUUUGGUGCAGCUUUCUCCUCAUGACAGCCUGAUGUUGAGCCAGCCAGUGAGCUCUCCGUUACCACUCAGCGGAGGAAGAUUUUCCACACUGCUCCAUAACCUCGGCCCAGAGAACGCCGUCACCUUACUCGUGUUCGCUGUCACAGAACAUAAAAUCCUGGUCCAUUCUUUACGGCCGGCAGUGCUGACGAGCGUCACGGAGGCCUUGGUGUCUAUGAUCUUUCCCUUCCACUGGCAGUGUCCUUACAUCCCCCUGUGCCCCCUGGCAUUGGCUGACGUGUUGAGUGCCCCCUGUCCAUUUAUUGUUGGAGUGGAUUCUCGGUACUUUGACCUUUAUGACCCUCCACCUGAUGUGAACUGUGUAGACCUGGACACAAACACCAUCUUCCACAACGACGAUAAGCGAGCUCUCACAUGGAAGGUCCUGCCAAAGAAAGCCUGUAAAAACCUAAUGAAUGUGCUGAGUAAUCUCCACCAGCAGCUGGUUGAUGGUCAGUACCGUUCUGACGGGCUGCUGGAGCUGAGUAUGAGCGAUUCACAAGAGCUGAGCUGUGGGAAGAGUCUCCACACACUGGAGCUGGAGAUCCAGGAAGCCUUCCUGCGCUUCAUGGCAGCUAUUUUAAAGGGUUACCGCUCCUUUCUGCGCCCCAUCACACAGGCACCUUCGGAGAAAGCUACAGACGCCAGCUCGCUCUUCGACUUACAAGGAUUCUUGAAGAGCCGUGACCGCUCGCACCAGAAGUUCUACUCUCUGAUGACCAAGACCCAGAUGUUCAUCCGCUUCAUCGAGGAAUGCUCCUUCGUCAGCGACAAAGACACCAGCUUGGCGUUCUUUGACGACUGUGUUGACAAGCUUUACAACUCAGAACGGAGUGCAGAGAAAGGAGGGAAGGUGGAUGGUGACCGCCCCGACGAGACCAGGCUGAUCGAGAUUGAUGAAUCCCAGCGCAGCGAGCACACAGUCUUCAUCACACCUCCAGAGCUGCCGCCUCUGCCUGAUGGGGAGGAAUAUCCACUGUGCUACAGGUAUGAUGGUUUCCCGGUGUUAACUCUGGAGCUGUUCGACCCUGUGGAGGGCCUGCGGACACCCUCCUCCCGCCUUGCUGCCAGACACAGCUGUCCCACCAGUCCUGCCCCGAUGUUCAGACGCACCAAGCAGGAGAUCAAAUCAGCGCAGAAGAUAGCCAAGAAGUACUCGUCCAUCCCUCAGCUGUGGUCCAAGUGCCUGCUUCGUCACUGUUACGGCCUGUGGUUCAUCUGUCUGCCAGCGUACGUGAAGGUCUGUCACUCCAAGGUCCGGGCGCUGCGCACCGCCUACGACGUCCUCAGGAAGAUGCAGGCCAAGAAGCUGCAGCCUCCUGAUGAGGUGUGCUACCGGGUCCUGAUGCAGCUGUGUGGACAGUAUGGCCAGCCUGUCCUGGCUGUCAGAGUCCUCUUUGAGAUGAAGAAGGCCGGCGUUCACCCCAAUGCCAUCACCUACGGCUACUACAACAAGGCAGUGUUAGAGAGCACGUGGCCUUCCAGCACCAGAGGAGGAUACUUCCUGUGGAUGAAGCUGAGAAAUGUCAUUCUGGGCGUGGCUCAGUUCAAAAGAGCUCUGCGACGACAUGGACCUCUCAUCCAGAGCCCUCUGUCAGACGGCAGUGACCUGGACGCUGUGAGUCAUGGCAGUCUGGAUAGCUCUGCUGAGCCUAACCUGGCCGAGCAGAGCCCCUUCGCCUCUGACUCCGUCAAAGUAGACCCCACUGACGAUAUAUCUAGCACAGGAGAUCAGUCGGAUUUGGGUUAUAACUCCCUGUCCAAGGAGGAAGUUCGGCGAGGAGACCCCGUUCCCCAGGACUCCGUCCCCAACAAAGACGAUAAGAAGGAGAGCGACUGCAGCUCCUUGUCAGAGACUGAAAGUGCAAAGGGAAGUAAGGACUGCCUCCCUCAGCUGGACUUGGAGAUCAGUUCCUCCUUCAAACCUCGUGGCAUCGUCCGGAGCAGCUAUCCGUAUGGAAAUUCUGCGAGUAAACCUAAGAGCUCCACAAGUGCAGGACACAUCGCCGGUCUCCUCUUCACCACCUCUCUGGAUGAGAUUGGAGAGGUUCACACCAACAGCUUGCUCAGGAGACACCGGAGCGCCCUGGAGGAGGUGGUGGGCAGUUCUGGCAGCGGCGCCGCUCUGGACUGGCAGGUUGUGAGAGGCAGCCGGCUGAGCGGGGACACAAUAGGAAGCAGCGGCAGUGGCACCACCGUCCUUGGCCUCAGUAUGAGCCAGGCUGAGACCGACCCAGAUAAGAUUGCGGGACACCUGGGCGCAGAUGCCAAAAUUCUCUCCGGUACUAAUUACAGCAAGAGCAAGAGGCCUCAUUUAAGGGGUUUUGUAGGGCUGGAGAAGCUGUCCGCUAAAGCUAUGAAAAACUGUAAUCACAGAGAGGAGGAAGAGGAUGCACAGGACUACAGUGAUGAAGACAAAAGUAACAUAGAAGCCAUUUUUGAUUUUGAAGAUCUGGAUAUAGAAAAGCCUGCACCAGGGGCCAAACAUCUUAAAACUCACAAAAGACCUGUUGAACGCAGCACCAGCUAUGGAGGCAUGAGCACCGUGUUGUCCAAGGGAACAGUGAAGCGUACAGGCAUCGAAACAGGCUUCGACCCUCUCUCCCUCCUGGCUGCAGAGUCACAGACCACUCAGCAAGAUGUGAGCCAUUACUCAGAAGAAGACGAGGCCAGCACGGCGAGCGCUCGCAGGAACCUGGCCAGAGAGAUAGAACUCUACAUGAGCCACAUGGACACCCCACUGAGCAGCCGCACGUCCAGCUCGGAGCUGCAGGAUCCCGUCAGCCCCCUGCUCCUCCACCCCUCCUCGGCUUCCGCCUUCCGCAGAUCCAGCCUGCCCCAUACCUCCUCUCUCAGGACGACUGGAGUACCCCGCUCCAGCACCUUCCACCAGACCUCCCCCUCCCAGCCCAUCUCGCGCCAGCGCCUGAUGUCGUCCCCUUCCUGCCGGAGCUCCAGCACCAGCCCCAGCCUCAGCCCUCGACCCAGUCCAUUCAGGGAGCAUGCCGACAUGACAAGCCUGGCGUCGCCUUCCUCGUCCUCCUUUGCCAUGGACACCCUGCUCACACCGACACUGGACGUUUUCAAGACCAGUAUGUUCUCGGCUGGGAGGGGCGUGGCCGAGAAGGCAAGCCGUUGGUACUCACGUUUUGCUACGUACACCACACCCACCAAGGACAUUUACGGUGACCGUCUGAGUGUGUCCUCCCUCAGUGUUGGAGAUCCAGACUGCUCAUCCGUGCAGGACGAAGCAGAGUGUGAGGAGGCGGAGAGCCUUGUAGUCUCCCCACAGAAGAAUGGACCUUCUGGUUUCCGCAGGAGCCACAGGAGAAGCCCUGUCCACAGCAGAGUGGACAGUCCCACAGUAAGCCGCAGCCUCGGGAGACCAACAUCUCUUCCUCCUGGAUGUCCUCUCUCUCUGCCUGGAUUCUCUCUGCCGGACAAGUCCGACCUUGGAUCUUCACGCUACACCAGCAACACCAGCAUCUUCAACAACUACGCCAUGGAGCUGCUAAUUUCUAGCUGCUCUCGCUGUAAAACAUGCGAUUGUUUGGUGUAUGACGAGGAGAUCAUGGCCGGCUGGACAGCCGACGACUCAAACCUCAACACCACCUGCCCCUUCUGUGGAAACCCCUUCCUGCCUUUCCUCAACGUGGAGAUCCGGGACAUGAGAGGACCCGGAAGGCUUUUCCUGAAGGGCAGCCCAUCUGUGGAUGACGCCAUGACAUCAUCGUACUCCGCCUCCACGGGUUUGGACACAGGGACGUCCACGUUGUCUACGCCGUGUCCCACUACAGCUGUGUUCCCUCCCUCACCAACUGCAGCUGCGCAGGAAUCUUCUGGAGGGGCUUGGCCCAACAGGGCUCAAGGCAUCAACAUCCCCACAGAGCGGCGCCAGGGGUCGCGGUCCUCCGGAGGACCCAUGACCCGUAGCGUCAGCGCCUUCGGCCCCAUGGAGGAAGAGUCCCAGUUCAGCCACCACCUGCCGACAUCAGGCAGUCUGCCGAGCCACCUGAACGAAGCCACGGACCCACUGAGCAUGGACUGGCAGCUCCACAAUCCUGAGCCGGUGACGGUUCCCUACCUGAGCCCACUAGUGCUGUGGAAGGAGCUGGAGAGUCUGCUGGAGAACGAGGGUGACCCGGUGAUCGCCGAAGCAGACAUGGUGGACCAUCAUCCCAUCAUCUACUGGAACCUGGUGUGGUACUUCAGACGGCUGGACCUGCCCAGCAACCUGCCGGGCCUCAUCCUCACCUCUGAGCACUGCAACAGAGACUUGCAGGUACCUCGUCAUUGGAUGUCCGAGGACAGUAAACACGUGCUGAUCCAGAUCCUGUGGGACAACCUGAAGCUGCAUCAGGACCCCGUCCAGCCUCUCUACAUCCUCUGGAACACAUACAAUGCAGGGUACCCUCUGUCCCGGCUAGUCCCGGAGGAGGAGAAGCCCUUCACCGACGAGCUGCUGCAGGGCGUGGUUAGGAGCAUCCAGAGGAAUGACGUCAGCCGCCCGAUGGCUCAGCUGCUGCAGCUCCUGGACAAGAUGCUUGGAGUCAAACGGCAAAGGAGUUUGUACAGGGACAUCCUCUUCCUCUCCCUGGUGGCUCUGGGAAAAGAUAACAUUGAUAUUGAUGCCUUCGACCGGGAGUACAAGCUGGCGUAUGAUCGCCUGCUGCCGCACCUGGUGAAGCUGACCCACAACUGUGACCGUCCUCCGAGCACGGGCGUGAUGGAAUGCCGCAGGACGUUUGGAGAACCUUACCUGUGAAAGGCUCACCUUCAUCUCUCUCCUCAUGGCUUUAACUCCAGCUCAGGAACCCUGCAGGAAGACUGAAUGUGCACUACGGUAACGCUCGGAGCAGCCGUCGGCGAUCGACUGCGCCCUGUUUAAUGUAGCCUGAACGUUUUACAGACUUCAUCUUGGCGAUGAGACAAACUCCCAGUGCUUAUGGACAUCAUCCAGCAUCUCACCUCGUCUGUGUUAAAAUCCUGUGAAAAUGACAGAUAUACUGUAAAUACAAGACUUUUUAACCCAUCAUUUAUGUUUAAUCACAAAAUCAAAUGAAGACUAACUAGCAAUAUUUUAACUUGAAUUGUAUUUAUACAAAGUUAGCUUUAUUUAUUGCAUCCUGUUGUUGCCGUGUUGUCAAAGAACUCACUGCUCUCACCUCCAAACCCAGGAGAACCUGUUUACGUUGCAUCAAACCACCAAAAACAGCCAUUUUCUACCGCUUAUUCCAUAGUGGGUCGCGGGGAAGCUGGUGCCUAUCUCCAGCAGUCUGCGGGCGAGAGGCGGGGUAGGACAGGUCGCCAGUCCAUCGCAGGGCAACACACAAACAACCACCAAAAACAAAAACAUAAAAAGCUGCAUUUCUCAAGUCAAACCGCAGGAAACAUAAGCAGCUCUUUUAAAAACCAUUUCAUGCCAAACAUAGACUGCAGGCUCUCUGUUUCAGCACAGAUAAAUGUUUUAUUCAGUGACAUUUUAUGUCCUCUGUUUCUCUGCUUUUAAUUCAGUUUUCUUCAGAAAGACUGGCACAAAACUAGAAGUGACCGUGUUAACCGUUGACCUUCUCCACAGAGGCUCCACUCAGUAACUAGAAGUAGACAGCAGAGGUUAUGCAAAGGAAAACUGUUGCAGGCAGUUAACUUAAUUUUACUUUCAAAAGAUGAACAACUUGAAUAUUUUUCCAUAAUAAUGAGAUGAGGUCCCUGAUUCUGGAUACUUUGAGAAGAAACAUGUUUGGUUUGUUGAACAUCAUUUCCCUAACAGAGCAUCAUUAUCAGACUUCCUACAUUUAUUGAAGACAUUUCUAAAGAGUCCAGAGAUUAAAUUUGGAACCUGGAAAACCCAGAGACAGACAGACAGGAAGGAUGGAUGGAUAGGAAAGGCUGAUGGAUCGAUGGAUGAAUGGUUGAAUAUCGGAAUGGAUGGACAUACAGAUGGACCGAUAUUGGGACAGAUAGUGGGAUAAAACGAUGGAAGAAAGGACAGAUAUCGGGGUGGACAGACUGAUGGAUGGACAGACUGGCAUAAGGGUAAACAGACAAAUAAAAUAGCAGGAUGGACAGAGAGGUGGAUGGGUAACAACGUGGACUAAAUUAGUCUGGAAUAUGUUUUCUUUUUUUUUUUUUACAGGUCCAAUUUUGUAGAAGUCUGAAAUCUGAUUUAAGGCUUUCCAAACUGUGUAGGAACCCUGUUUGUAUUUUAUACAGAUGUUUAAAUGAAAAUCUGAGCAUUUAUUGCAUACCAUGACCUGUCUUGCAGAUGUCCAGUUUCCAUCUGAUUGGUUGUGGCCUUGUUCUUUCAGUCAAAUAAGUGAAAACGCCUUCGAGACGUCUGCUUUACCAGGUCGUCUCCACAGGCGGGAAUCAGCUGGUAACAAAUAUACAAAUAAUAUCCUAAUACAGGAGUUAUUAAACAGCUCAGCAGCUCACAACACAGCUUUAAACUAUACAGGUCCUUCUCAAAAUAUUAGCAUAUUGUGAUAACGUUCAUUAUUUUCCAUAAUGUCAUGAUUAAAAUUUUACAUUCAUAUA